AUAGGGGCGUGGAAACUGUCUGACAUGCAGCGCAAACGCGACGUCAUCGGUGGAUUGGACCAAUGAGAGCGCCGGAAUGCUAAUUCCAGAAUCUUCUCGGAAGUGGAGACUGUGAUGAUGUCGGAGCGGCCGCUGCUGCUUCAGCUAGCUUCAGCUCUGUGAACCAGAGGGCGUCAAUCUACGGCAGCCAUGGUGUAGAGGAGCGUAAAACAAACAAACGAACAAAACUAAUCAGCACAAUGCAACGACCUUAAUCGAGGCCUGUCGCUCUGGAGCAGCAAGGAGGUGAUUCAUCUCCCCCGCAGCAGAGGUUUGACCACAUCACUGUGACUUACCAUUGACAGAAGUUUGGAACAAGUCGUUUUUGGAGGCUAACUUGAACAAGAAAUAUCUGUUGCUACAGCGCCUUCAGCACCAUCAGGACUAUUUAGAAUCAUCAUGAACACCCACGAGUCAGACGUUCACACCAUCUCCCCGGAGCUGCCGGCGAUGUUCGACGGCAUGAAGCUGGCGGCGGUGGCCACGGUGCUCUACGUCAUCGUCCGCUGCUUGAACCUCAAGAGCCCCACCGCUCCCCCGGACCUCACCUACCAGGACACGCCCCUCAACCGCUUCCUUCUCAAGUCCUGUCCACAGCUGACCAAAGAGUACAUUCCUCCCUUAUUGUGGGGUAAGAGCGGUCACCUCCAGACGGCACUGUAUGGGAAACUGGGUCGGGUGAGCUCACCUCACCCCAGUGGAGUCAGAAAGUACUUACCCAUGCAGGAUGGGGCCACAUCGACCUUUGACCUCUUCGAGCCAAUGGGCGACCAUCGAACAGGAGAUGACAUCACCAUGGUGAUAUGUCCUGGUAUUGGUAACCAUAGUGAAAAGCAUUACAUCCGAACGUUUGUGGAUUAUGCUCAGAAGGACGGUUACCGCUGCGCCGUGCUGAACCACCUGGGAGCUCUCCCCAACAUCGAGCUCACCUCUCCACGCAUGUUUACCUAUGGUUGCACCUGGGAGUUUGCAUCCAUGGUUGGCUACAUUAAGCGGGCGUAUCCACAGACCCAGCUGAUCGUGGUGGGCUUCAGCCUGGGUGGAAACAUCGUGUGUAAGUUCCUGGGCGAGAACAGGACGAACCAGGAGCGAGUGCUGUGUUGUGUCAGCGUCUGUCAGGGGUACAGUGCUCUCAGGGCCCAGGAAACAUUCCUGCAGUGGGACCAGUUCAGACGCUUCUAUAACUUUCUCAUGGCAGACAACAUGAAGAAAAUCAUUCUCUCACACAGGCACAGUCUGUUUAGAGGGAGCUCAGUUAAAGUGGUAGAUGCAGAUCUCAGUCGGCUGUACACAGCAACGUCUCUCAUGCAGAUCGACGACAACAUCAUGAGAAAAUUCCAUGGCCACAGCUCUCUCAAAGAAUACUAUGAAAAGGAGAGUUGUGUACAUUAUAUUCACAAUGUAAAGGUGCCGCUGCUGUUGGUGAACUCUGCAGAUGAUCCUCUGGUCCAUGAAUCACUGCUCACCAUCCCUCGCACACUAGCAGCAAAGAUGCCCAAUGUGAUCUUCUCCCUGACGCUACACGGAGGCCACCUGGGCUUCUUCGAGGGCGCAGUGCUCUUCCCUCAGCCCCUCACCUGGAUGGACAAAGUGAUUGUGGGUUACGCCAACGCUCUGUGCCAGUGGGAGAAACAGAAACCGCCGUGCCAAAGUGCACACCUCAGUGAGAGCUCCUGCGUGGAGGAAAAAGCUUAAACCUCUGACCUUUGUCUCUCUCUUUCACUCCUCCUCCUCCUCCUCCUCCUCCUCCCCCAUCGCCUCUCACCCUCCUCUCCCACCACUGUCCCAGCACUGAGGAGACACCUGAACUGAACCUUAAACUCUUCUUCUCUGCCUUCUCCUCCGGUGCUACUCACCUCUCCAGACCCACACAUGUCUCCACACCUUCACCACGGUUCUCCUUUGUAAUCACCAUCACCUUACAGUAUGUGAAGGAACAAAAACAAAUAACUGCCUUUGUGCUCUUUUUCCUUUGCGAGGACUUUGAAUUCAGAGCAGGAACAUUUUCUCUAUGUGUACGCACCAGUGGUCCUUGGCUAAUGGAGGCAUUGACCAAAUAUGAUGAGAGGAAAGGGAAGUGAGAGCACCACUUUAGAGUAGUUCAUGAAAAACAAGAGCACACAUGAAGCCUCCUAUUACUGUAAACUGACUGUGCUGCAGUCGGUGCCCGUUGGCGGCACCUGUAAGAAGCUCACUGCUUAUCACCGCCAAGGCCAUAUAGCCUAGUCUGCUGUCUUAACCAACACAGCGUCUUUCUAGUAUGUAUGUAUCUAACUCACAGAUGUAGUGUGGAUGUCCGUGUGCGCCUGUGUCGACCGAGAGUUAAAGACCCCGUGACGGAGCAUGUGAUCUUUAUGUUUUUGGUAGUCGUGAUCCAGAUUCUCUGCCCCCUAACAUGUCCGUUCUUUUGGGUGAACUGUUGCUCUGUUGUUUGUAGAAAAUGUACAGUAGAAAAAAGAAGUAUUACGGUGGGAUUUUACAUGUUAUGUCCAGCUCAUGACAUCCUCCUGGCACAUAUGAUUUGGCACUUGAAAUGUGUUCAGACAUGAGUGGGAAUCAGCUCCAGUAGGGAUCCAUGCACAUUCCCACAGUCACAUUCUAUCACUUUGAUUCAGUGCACUUUACAUCCUGUAUGACACAAUCCUUUUACUCCCUGCCGCCCUCAUAAGAAGUAUGGAGGUUAUUGAUGAUUAAGCUGGAGAACUGGAGGGAGCGAGGAUGAUAACGAAAAGUUAGAUGACUUGCGUCUUCCCUGUGUCGUCUUUUGUCCGUGUCUUUGCGCCCUCUUGCUCUGUCGUCUGCCUUUGAUCAGCUGCAGGUCCAGCCAAGACUCUGAUAUCCUUCUCUUAUUGCACAGACCUGCCACUAGCCAGCUUCUGAGUGGUUAAGUGCUCAUAGACAUCUUAUUACAUUUACCAGCAGAUGAUUCUGUGGUGUCGGAUUUUGAAAAUGCAGCCACUGUGGUGCUGUUUAAAGGGAAGGUUCAGCAGGUUUUUUUCUUUAUAAUCUGAGCUGUGAGGUGUGAUUAGUAGGAGGGCAAAGGAACCAAAUGUUUAUUUCAUUGGACUAAAUUCUAGUCGGUUUCAGUUAGAUGGAGACCACUGCAUGCAAGAAAGAAGAGAUUUAAUGCAAGGGAAUAUUUAUGUUUCUUAGACUGCAUUGAAAAGCUUUUCUUUAGCAUUUUAGCUCCACAGAGUGGACUUAAAAAUGUUGAAAUCCAUCUUAGUCGUGUUUUGAUGAAAUCAAACUGCAAUAAUGGGACCUGUGGACUUUUAAAAACCUGAAUCUAAUUGAGAACUUUGUUGUAAGGGCUUAGGAAGCUGCUUCCAGUCCAGCCAAGUAAUCUGAACACUGUGAUGAGACAGAUGGAUGGUUUGAAAUAAUGAAGGGAGUGAGCUUUCUUGUAAGGCAUUUUCAUUCAUUAAUCUGUAGAUUACUUCUCAAUAAAUCGAUUAGUUGUGUGGUCUAGAAAAUGUCCGAAAAUGGUGAAAAAUGUUGAUUAGUGUUCCACAAAGCUCAAGACGACCUCCUCAGAUGCCCAGUUAUAUUCAGUUAACUGUCACAGAAGCUGGAAUCAGAGAAUUCUGACUUUUUCAAGAAAUUACUAAAACCAAUCGAAAAAGUUGGCGAUUAAUUUGAUAACUGAUAACUAAUCGAUUAGUUGUUGAAACUCUAAAGCCAAAGUUUGUGUGUUCUAACUAUUGGGUCUCAUAUCAUUUGCAUGUUAUAGAGUCAAUUUAAGUUGCAGGAGGUUUGGGAUAUCAGGACAUCUCAUAUAAGUAGCUCAUACUGUCAGUAAUGGAAGUGCACAGAGUAUAAAAACAUAUGAAUGGUAAGAAUCAAAGACCUGUGUUGAUGCUAAACAGUCAUUCAGUUUUUGUUUACAGUUAAAGUCUCCGCUGACAAAUAGUAGUUUGAUCUAAGUAAAUGUUCAUAAUGGUCACAUGAGCGGUACUGUAAUAUUGAUUCUGAUAUCAGAUCUCUUGUUACAUUUCACCUCCCUUUGUGGAUUAUUCUGUGCAAAUACUAUGAAAUCCAGGUGUUAAUCUCACAGACACUGGCUUAAAAAAACGUUAUCCCUCUUAACUCAAUACUGAUCUAAUACUGGUGGCCUCUUUUCACAAUUAUUUUUAUGUACUUGAAAGUAAAAUGAGUCUGUCGCAGAAAGUCAGCAGACCACCGUCACUGGAUUUAAAGGGAACUCCACUAUUUUUCAACCCUAUUUCCCUUUUGUCCAACCAGAGCCAGCCGUGAAAUCACUCUCACCAAAUCCACCAGACUCCAUUUACAGAAACACGCCAUGAAACACACUUCAUUCAAACAAAAUAACAGCCACCAAAAACACCUCAGUUUGUCUUUACAGUGUUCCAAUAAUCACCAACCCUGAUGUGGUUGAAAUAAAUCCUCAGUCUACAUUAGAUUUGAAAAUAUCAGACGAGGAGACGUCAGAGAAGCAGCAGAUGAUAAUAGCUUGUAGAGAGAUAUUUGCACAUGACGUGGUGGAUUAAGGAUUUCUCUCAACCAAACAGAUGUUGGUGACUGAUGGAACGCUGAGUCGACAAACUGAGGUGAUUUUGGUGACGGGUUUUAAUCAAGUGUGCUUUAUGACAGUAAAGUGACAUUUGAUGUUUCUGUAAAUGGAGUCUGGUGGUGUGCUUGGUUAUUUGUGAUUUAACAAAAAGGAUCUUAUUCUUUAACAAGAAGGGAUCAGUUCAAAUAAUUGUUAUCGUUUGACAAAAAAAAAAAAAUAGAAAAGAGUGUCCCCUUUCAUUCAACUAAAAUUGGAAACACUAAAUGUUAUAAUGACACUAACAAUGAACUAUUUAAUUUAUAUCAGAACUGCCAUGGCUGCUGUCUCUGGCGGAUGCAUCCUAAAGACGCUUUAGUGCAUCCCUAACUGCAAAGUGUCAGUUUGAGUUUCUUUGCCCAGAAAAAAAAAGAUUUUUCAUCCUCCAUUGUUCAAACCACAAACCACUGCUGCCAUCUGUUGUCAGGGAGACCAAACUACAACUGCCAGUCACUCAUGGCAAACGUCCUCUCAUUCGCAUGCAGAGAGGUGACAUGAUUCAGGGUUCGCUCUGUCCACAGCUCUCAUUUUAACACAAUCAGGUGUGGUUUGGAUUUACUCUGGCUCGUAGGGAAAUCAGAGGAGUAUUGACGACACCAGCACAAAACCCGGUUUCUGCAGCGAGAGCCGUUUGUGUUCUUUCUGAGAUUUUUUUGCCUCCCCCCUGACUUUGCACAAAAAAAUGCAGGUUUGGAUGUAUUAUUUGGAUGUAUUUUUUUUUUCUUGUUGAUUAUUUUGGGGUAUUUUUGUUUUUUGUAUUUUGUAUUGUUAUUACGACUUCUUGUGUUAUCGUGCAAAUGCAUCAGAGUGCGAGUGUUGAUGAGUACAGUGUGUGUAUACUGUGUCAUAUCACCACCUCUGAAUGAAAACCAAAACUUCUUCACUUUAACAAUGGAAAAGCUAAAGAAAUAUAAUAUAAAUAUAGUGUAUAUUCAAAUAUUUGAGGGAACAUUUGUGAAAAUAAAGGCAAUAACCAACCAGGA